CGCCAUGACGUCAGAGGUCAGCUGACUGGUUUGUUUUGCUGUGUAAGACGGACUGCAACAGGACGCAGCAACGACGACACGCAACUGAAAUAUACCAUUCGCUUCAUUUAAAGCAUAACAGAUUCGAAUCUAUUCAGAGACAGAAAGGGAAAAAAUUAGGCAAGUUUGCCUAAAGAAAACGGCGUUUAAUCUCAUUUUAAACAUGCCUUCGGAAAAGACAUUUAAACAAAGGAGGACAUUUGAGCAGCGGGUGGAGGAUGUACGGCUGAUCCGGGAACAGCAUCCAAGCAAGAUCCCAGUCAUUAUUGAGAGAUACAAGGGAGAAAAGCAACUGCCGAUUCUUGACAAAACUAAGUUUUUAGUUCCCGACCAUGUAAACAUGAGCGAACUUAUUAAGAUCAUCAGGAGACGCCUCCAGCUCAACUCCAAUCAGGCUUUCUUCCUACUUGUCAACGGUCACAGCAUGGUAUCUGUGUCCACCGCCAUUUCUGAGGUCUACGAACGCGAGAGAGACGAGGACGGCUUCCUGUACAUGGUCUACGCCUCCCAGGAGACAUUUGGAACUGUGUGUACUCAGUAAAAAUGGCAAAACGAUUGGCUUUCACUCUAGGACAAUGAUACAACCUAUCCUGAACUCUUGUGACCUCUCCCUUGCAAAUAUCCAUAUCCCAUUUCCCCUCCCCAUCCAAAAAAAGAACCAACCGAACUUUUAGUCAUUUGGCUCACCAAUCCCAGCCAUUAUCCAAAGCUAAAUCCUAACUUCCCAUAUCUCAGCCCUUUAACCUCAGCUCCCUUUAAAUAAUUUGAGUCGAUUAAAAGGAGUCGAUUGUGUUUAGGUUAUUGGACCGUUUAUGGUUAGUUGGCCUAAUGAUCCGGAUUUACUCAACAUAAAGCUUGAAUGAAAGACUUUUUGGUGUAGAGAUGGAAUCAUCUCAAUUUCUUAGCGGUUGAAUUUCCGAAAUGGCAUUUAGUGUAACGUUAGGCGGCCAAAUGGAGGUUAUCUGUCAGUUUCACUUUGGUUACCUUUAACCCCUUCCGCUGUUUGUCGAAUCUCGGUUUUUGUUGAGUUCGACAGCCUUUUCUUACCUGUAGGUGUCAAACUGUGUCUUCCGCUAUUCCAUUUUCCUGUUAGAAGCGAUUCAGUCUUUUCACUUCCCCCUCGAGCCUAUUGCAAAUUGGGUCAUGAGCGUUGAGGUUCUUGGAUUUCACAACUCGGUGGGUAAGUCAAGGUUCGAAAUGAGGUCCUACUUGCCUCGUUGACAUUUGAAGUAUGAUCCAGUGGGACAUACCUGAGGAAAUAAAUAGUUAGCAAUUUAUAAUUCUAGAAAUUCUGCUUUGAUUGUAGUGUGAAGCUUUAAAAGGAAGGACAAUGUAAUUAUAUUCAAUGGUACAUUGAGCGAAUGAAUGUGGCUUUAGCGAUUGUGACUAAGCUCAUUUAUGUAUUUCUCCUGCUCAGAUUUACAGCAAUAUAACACUUCUAUUUCUGUUGAUAUUUUAAAAAAAUAAAAGAAAAAUAUACA